UGUAGCCCCAGCAGUGCCACCUGUCAGUAUCCAUCAGUGCCUUGUGUCGGUGCUCAUCAGUGCCACCUAUCAGUGCCAGUCAGUGCCUCCUAUCACUGCCAGUCAGUGCUGCCUAUCAGUGCACAUCAGUGCCGCCUAUCAGUGACGUGUCAAUGCCACCUAACAAUGCCAGUCAGUGCCGCCUAUCAGUGCCAGUCAGUGCCGCCUAUCAGUGCUGCCUAUCAGUGCCAUAUAUCAGUGCCAUGUAUCAGUGCUGCCUUUCAGUGCCCAUCAGUGAUG